GUACACUCUGUGCCUCGUACAGUUCGGAAGAAAAACCCAUAAAAACCCCUCAUAGAGACACUUCCUCGUUGGAAGCGGCCCAUGCUGGCGCUUUUCGCUUGGUGAAAAUGUUGUGAAGACAUUUCGUGACCAGGAUUUGGAUCGAGAUUUUUUUGUUUGUUUGUUUAUUAUUUGCAUUGGGAUCUGCUGGAGGUUUCGGUUCCGACAUGAUUCAGCUGUUUCUGGUCGUGUGUGGUUGAAGACAGAGCCGUCGACUGGAGGAGACUGAACUUCUUUCAUCACUAUUAUUUAUUUUCACCGGCCUCCGUCUUCCUGCCGACAGGCUCGUCUGGGCCAGGUCAUGCUGAUGGACCAGGACACUCAGUGGCUGCACCAGCUGCUGGCUGAGGUCCAGCUGGAGAAGUUCUACGUCCGCGUCCGAGACGGCCUCAACAUUACCCGCGUGGAGCACUUCAACUAUGUCAAGGAGUCGGACCUGGAGCACAUCGGAAUCAGCAAGCCAGCACAAAGACGAUUAUGGGAAGCCCUGAAACGCUACAAGACAGCUUCGCGCUCACGAGGAUGGAUUCCCAGGGUGUUCAACAGUCGAGACGGAGGGGAACAGUCCGGCCCAGUUCAGCCGCAGGAGAGGACUGCAGCUCGUCUGAUCCAGGACAGUGAGCUGGUUCUGGGGGAGAAGUUGGGCUCGGGGUCCUUCGGUGUGGUGAGGAGGGGAGAGUGGCACACGCAGACAGGCAGACUCCCUGUGGCUGUCAAAUCACUGAGGAGCAGCAGGUCCACGCAGACUGACACUCUCACAGACUUCCUGCAGGAAGUCACCACCAUGCAGUCCCUGGACCACCCUCACAUCAUCCGACUCUACGGCGUGGUCCUCACACAGCCCCUCAAGAUGGUAACAGAGCUGGCCGUUCUGGGUUCAUUAUACGACACCCUGCGGGCGCGGCAGUUCGAGUACCCGCUGCUGCGCCUCUGGCUCUUUGCCACCCAGAUUGCGGCAGGUAUGGACUACCUGGAGAGCCGGAGAUUCAUCCACAGGGACUUAGCUGCCAGAAAUGUGCUGCUGUCCUCCAAGGAGGUGGUGAAGAUCGGAGACUUCGGUCUGAUGCGGGGCUUGAGUCAGGAGACGGACCACUACAUCAUGGGAGCACACAAGAGGAUCCCGUUUGCCUGGUGUGCCCCUGAAAGUCUCCGGGUCGGCUCCUUUUCCCAUGCCUCUGACGUCUGGAUGUUUGGUAUCACCAUGUGGGAAAUGUUCACCUACUGUGAAGAGCCCUGGUUUGGUCUCUCGGGAAGACAGAUAUUGUUGAGUGUGGAGCAGGAAGGUGAGCGACUGCAGAAGCCGCCAGAUUGUCCUCAGGAGCUGUACGCCGUCAUGUGGAAGUGUUGGGCCCUCAACCCAAGUGACAGGCCCAACUUUGCCAAUCUCGUUGCAAUGCUGGCAGAGGCUAAGCCGGCACAGUUCCAAGCAACAAGAGAAUUUUCAGAGCCCAGAAAACUUCCUCUCGCUCCAAACGACACUGUGACUGUCAUAGACCAUGGGCUGGAAAUGAGCGAAUGGCGUGGCCAGAACCAGAGGACCCUCGCCAUCGGCAUGUUUCCCGCCACCCUGACCAUGCCCGCCAUCUCUGCGGGGCCCAGUCCACCUUCUGGCGGCUCCAUCAUCUCCAACCCAGUGAAGGGCAGCCUGCAGCACCUCGGGCAUGGAGACCUCCACCCUGACCGCAGCUGGGGCUCACCUGAAGGGCUGGAAGACAAAAGCAGCUGGAAGAUGGGAUCUGGCAGAGAGCGGGAGGCAACAAACUUGCAGAAAAUGGCAGGUAUGUCUCGGAGCCUGGAGUCGGUCCUAGGUGGCCAUCGUCCCAAGCCUCAGACCACAGCGCCUUUCAGAGUGGAUCAACAAGGCCGGCUCAUGGCCCACGCCAUGGUCGCCCAGAGCAUGAUGGUGCCGAAGGAUCCGCGGCGCUUGAGUGAGGCCAACCUUCCUGCCCCUCCCCGGCCACCGCUGCCCAACCUGGCCCGUCUGAACCCGAGGACCCAGAGGAAGCCCCCGGCACCGGUGGCCCCAUCCUGGCCUUCACAAAUGAUCCUGUCCCCGCCGUCGCAGCAGACACAACCCCCGGUUCUAUUUCCUCCUCAGCAGGGCAUGCUGAACUCCAACCCGGUUAAAAUGUCCCAGAUGGCGCGUUCAACGCCGCAGCUGGAUGACGACCAAAGGGAGCGAGCGAGAGAGAAACCACCUUAUCCACAAAACACAAAGGAGAGUCUUGUUGCACAGGUGAUGGAGGCCGUGCACGGCGUGACCACUGAAGAGGUGCGAAGUGCGCUUCAGUGUAACGACUGGAAUCCAGUCCGGGCCGAGCAACAACUCAAGGUCGAGCAGCUUUACUUGCUCAGCCUCUGCUCUGCAGAGGACUGCGUGAAGAUCCUGAACAAACACCAGUGGAACCUGGAGCAGGCCAGCAGAUACCUUAUCCGGGUGACCCGGGAGGACAGGCCCGGCGCCGGAGAGAGGGAUCGGCCUCACAUUAGUGCAGAGAGACGGGUCUGAAGAGAUUCGCAGAUGUUCGACUGGCUGAAGCCGGACUUCGUCAGCCACACCUGGCUUCACAGAGACCCACUGCGGCACCAGGCGCUCCCCGAACCAGCUGCUUUACGACGGGAGCAGGACUCAGCCUAUCAAAGCAGAAACAGAAGGUUUACCAGAGACUAAAAGCCUCCAACUAAUAUUUUUACUUUUUCCCUUCUCUCGUUGUGCCAUUAUUUAGCAUGUUUUUUUUAUGUGGAUGAAUGUAUGUGUAAAUGUAGUCUUAGACAUGCUUUUGUUGAAUAAACAUGUAGAUAAAAAUGAA